ACGAGAACAUCUUCGCAGUACCCUGUUUCAAUAACAUCAUUCAUCAGCACAGACAACACCGAACAUCAAAAUCAUGUUUCAUUUCAUCAAACAAAAAAGAUGCAUAUGAAUAUCAAGACAUGCUCUAUCUCAGGCAUCAAUCUUAAAUCCCUCUAUCGAAAUCCUACUAAAUCUCGGGCCUGAUGGAGAUUGGCCAUCGAAGGGGAUCCAUUCUUCCACGACGAUGGUCUGAUGCAUGGCAGGUGGCAUCAAGAUCACUCCCAAUCGCAUUGUCGUUGGCAUUUGUUUCAACUACAAACGCCUUGCUGAUUUGGUAAACCAACACCUCAUUGCUCACCAUAGACUCUUCUAUUCGUUAAAACCAAUUCGACCACCAUUUUUUCACUAGCUCUGACGAACUAUGGUUUUUGAUUGAAGCAUCUUAAAAAUUGUCCGGUUUCUAGCCUUCUGACUCAGAUGCUCAUCUUUAGCUCGACACGAAGAUGCUGCAAGACCACUCUGAAUCCCAUUGUCGAUGGCAUUUGUUUCAACUACAAACCACUGCUGAUUUGGUAAACCAACACUUAAAUCCCGUUCAACUACCCUUUCGUCACUGGCUCUGUGUGAUCAGAUGAACUACGAAUUUGAUUCUCUCAAUAUUGACGCGCUGAGCAUCUGAAAGCCUUUCCACAUGCAGAACGCUGGAUGACGAACCUCAAAGCUCAACACAAAAAUGUGUCUUUUUCCCACUUUCUGACUCAGAUGAUCGAUUUCAGCUCGAAACAAAGUAGCUGCAAUGCCAAAAUUGCCAAGCUAUAGGUAACUCCAAGCCACAUAAAGUUCUAUCAGUCUUUCGCUGUAUCAUAGUACACGAAAACAGUAUGUUCAGUUCACCACAUUCCUCUCAUCUUCUCCAAAUCAUCCAAAUCAACAACCAAACCAGUGCCACAGAAUCAGAGAAUACAACAGGGUUAUCAUCUUGCAUUAGCUCCAAACAUCACAUAUCGAAUUUAAGAUAGUCGAAACAACAAAUUAACAUAAAUCCUAAUAAUCACAAUGCAUCUUAGCAAGCUUUCUGUGCUUACUGUUUAUGUUAUUCAAAAUAUAAUCAACAAGGAAUCUCAAUAAGAUCACAAAAUUUUGCUCAAAGUAAUCAAUGCAAAUGUGUAAUCGAAGUCUAAACACAUUAUUUUUUCAAUUAAACCCUAACUUAAUCAAACCGCACAUUUUCUCAUAAACCUAAUCGUUGUUGCAGAGUAAAAUCAAACGAAAUCUCACCGGAAUCUCGAAUUCCCCAAUUAUGUUUUACAGAACAAGGCCCAAUUACUCUUUACAGAACAAAGGCCCAAUUAUGCUUUAUUCAUUGCCCAACAAAGAAACCAAUCUCUCUCACUCCCUCACUAUUCACGCCUGAGAAUUCGCCGGCGACGGCAGCAACAGCGGCGCCGAAGCAUAUUAUGCUGUUUGUCUUCUCUUAGCCAUGAACGAUUGAUGAUUUACAAUACUCUGCAUCUGGACGCUAUUUCUCACCUUAAAUCAGAAUAAAAUGGAUGCUAAAGCAUUGGCGAAAUCGAAAAGAGCUCAUUCACUGCAUCAUAAGAAGAAGCAUCAUUCACAGCAAGGGUUAAAGGCGUCUUCACCUUCAGCUGGUUCAGAUUUUAAGCAGGCUAGUGAACGACCUGCAAAAUCCGAAGGUCAGCAAGCUAAGGAGAGAACUUCACAAUUUCAAAGCUCGAGAGAAAUUCCUUCGAAUUGGAAUCGCUAUGGUGAUGCUGAUUUCGGUUUGGCAUCUGAAAACGCUCGGGAAAUCUCAAGUCAGCUGACUGAGUUUGUGAUGCCGAAAAGUAAAGGUGCAGACUAUGCUCACAUGAUUUCAGAGGCUCAAUUGGAUUAUUCUUCAGAUCUUGUGCCUUUGUUCGAUGAUUUUAUCGGCGACUUUAUGCAGGACUUUGGUUCGAUGCUUGCUGCCAAGGGGCAAAGCAUGCUCUCGUGGAUUGCUGAUGAUAGUUUCGAGUUUGAAGGCAAUGCAAGCAUCACUCCGCAGGCACCGUUUCUUUCCCUUAAUCUAGAUGCCCUUGCCGAACAACUUGCAAAACAAAGCUGUCGGAGAGGUUAUAUCUACAAUCAGACCUUUUACCCCUGGAUCUGUUGGACGAGGCACGUGGCGAAGACAAACAAGCUCCUCAAACUGCUACAUCGACUUCAUCCCUCAGUAACGAUCAUUCAGUAACCGCUACUGGAGAUCUCCUCGUUCAAACCUCCAAAGAAGAACCGAAUCCUUCAAAGAAAAACACGGAUCAGAUCUUGCAGCCGCAAGCAACUAACAGAAGUAAUUCCACUUCUGGGAAGCCAUCCAAAUUCGAGGAAACUGCUGCAGAAGCAGAACUCGACGAGCUUCUGAAUUCAUUCAGUGAUACUGCAGUUCCCAGGGAACAAAGAAUCCCGUUGUCUGGAGAUGCUGUUGAUAUUCUUCGGGAGGAAACAUCGUGGAUCGUAUCAUCAAAUGCAAACAUUGAAUCUGUGUCAUCAAGUAAGAAUCCAAUUUCUAAAUCUGGAAUUGUGGAUGAUUUUGGUUCAUGGUUAGAUACAAUUUAAAUUUACUUAAAUUGCAAUCAAGUAGGGCUGUCUUUGUUGUAACGAUAAAGUCAUAAAACUGUGCUACCACAUUAUGACUCGUCACACAAGGUUAUUUUAGUAGUAAUUUUUUGUAAAAAUAGUAAAUUAUAGGAGUAUUUAGUAUCGAUAAAGAAA